AUGGCAAUCCAACAUCCUCUCUUAUAUCCCCUUGCCUCGGCAGCACAAAUUUCACAAACACCUUCUCGGGCUGAUGGAGUACCGGAUUGGUUGGAGGAAGACUUGCGAGCAGAGGGAUGCAGGUUGAUUCAGAGCGCUGGCAUUCUACUGGGAACGCCACAGGUCGUGAUGGCCACAGCUCAGGUACUCUUUCAGAGGUUCUGGUACGUGACUAGCAUGAGGGAAUUCUCUAUAUUGGAAGUUGCGAUGGGUGCCCUCUAUCUCGCCUCGAAACUGGAAGAGCACAUAGCACGCAUGCGCGAUAUCAUUAACACUUUUGACUUGCUUCUCUCUCGACUCCGCUAUACACUGUCGCAUCCUAGUAUGCCUCUUGAUGGGUUCCAGUACACGCCCAUGUCGUACUACUCGGAUGAAUACUACGCGUAUAAAGAUGAAUUAAUCAUUGGCGAGAUGCAGCUCCUCAAGCGACUUGCUUUCAACGUACAAGUCCAGCUGCCAUAUAAUACCAUGGUCAACUAUCUCAACGUGCUUGGAUUGGGCAGAAUAGAGGACAUCGCUCAAAUGGCAUGGAGUUUCUUGAACGACGCGCUUCAAACGCCCGUAUAUGCUGUAUAUCCAUUUCCGACCAUCGCCUGCGCGUCCAUUCAUCUUGCUGCUCGACAGGCACGGGUCGUGUUACCUGAGCCACCCGAGCACGAGCCUUGGUGGGAACUGUUCGAUACCGAUUUUGAGGAUAUAGAGCAGGUGUGUGUGUGGGUCCUCAGGCUGUACAGCAAGCAAGACGAGAAAGAGAGAGAGGAGGUGUUCAGACUGUUGUUGGGUGGAAGGAAAGAAGUAAAGAAGUGGUUGGAAGACAAUUCAGCGAAGAACGACGUCGCGAUGGAACAUUUGAAUCAGCAUUGA